AUGACUUGGCAAACAAGUUUGUUGUUGAAAAAACGAAAGAAAGGUCCUCCAUUAGGGUUCAAGAAUCUUGGUAAUACCUGCUACCUCAACUCCGUUCUCCAGAGCUUAACCUAUACUCCUCCCCUCGCCAAUUUCUGUCUCCGACUUCAACACUCCGAAAACUGGAGGCAAGAGGAUGCACAUGAAUUCCUUCGGUACGUCAUUGAUUCUUGUCAUACCACAUGUCUUCGUCUGAAGAAGUUGCAGCAGCAAAGACUGAAGUAUGUCAGCAAUGGAGGAGGUGAUGGCUUUAAUGGCAGCACAGUAGUUAAGGAGAUUUUUGGAGCAAAGUCACAUAAAUCGUUGGUUGAGAGUAUGUCACAUGAUGUGACCAGGGAUCUGCUUGGUGUGAAAUUAGACAUAACUAAAUAUGCAGAGCAAGAGAUUCGGAAACUAAAGCAACAAAUCAAUGAUUUACGUGAAGAAAGAGACAGAUGCAUUUCAGAGAUAGAUAGGAAAGAAGCAGUCAUACUUGCUGAUGCAUUGGCUGCAUCUGGUCAGACGUUGAUUGCUAGUUCGGUGUCAAAAGGGGAUUAUAGAUCCGUGAAGGAUAUCAGAUACUUCGUGUUGACUAUUGGUUUAGUGAUGGGUGUUACUUUGGGUGCAAUAUUGGGAGUUUCAUUUGGUUCCAUAGUCACACUAUUCACUAAGGACAUUGGAGUAUUGGCGAUUGCUAUAACCAGGGUUUUGCCUUUGAAUGCUUUGGCUUUUAUUGUUGAUGGUUUGCAUUAUGGAGUUUCAGACUUCCCGUAUGCUGCUUAUUCCAUGAUGCUUGUUGGGAUUUUAUCGUCUGCUUUUCAUUUCUAUGCUCCCUCGGGUUUUGGUCUUCAUGGUGUUUGGUCGGGUUUGACCCUCUUCAUGGGAUUACGAAUGUUGGCAGGGCUUAUCAGGUAA